UCCUUUGCAAUAUUGCAUUCAAGUUUCAACAACAAUGGCCGAAGUGUCACGUGACCAGCGCCACCCCCUCGGCCAUGCCCCACCACAAUCCUCCUCCGAUCAACCACCCCGGGCCCACCGCCUCAUCAAGGCUGCCACCGCCGCAGCCGGCGGCGCCUCCCUUCUCGUCCUCUCCGCCUUCAUCGUCGCCGGCACCGUCAUUGCGCUCGCCGUCGCCACCCCGCUCUUCGUCAUAUUCAGCCCGGUGCUCGUCCCUGCGCUGAUCACGGUGUCGCUCAUCGGUAUGGGCUUCUUGGCCUCCGGUGGAUUCGCCGUCGUUUCGCUCGCUGUCUUCUCCGGCCUCUACAGGUACCUCGCCGGAAAACGCCGGGACGGCGGCGGGGACUUGCCGGAGCAAGGCCGGUACAGGCUCGGCGGCAAGGGAAGAGAAGUCGAAACUUGAUGAUGAUCCAUGGUUGAAGAAUAAAGAGGAGAUCACAGCAAUGGCCAUUUCAUAUUUCAAUUUUAAUGUAAUUUUAAGCGUCGUUGUUCCAUAAUGUUUCAUCAAUAAAAUGUAAUAUAUUCCUUUCAAAUUAACAAUAAAAUGUAAUCUUUUAUGCUACGCUAAA